ACAGCGCUAUAUAAAGUCCCUCGCUAUUCAAGAGAUAUCAGAGGAGGCUCUGAUCGCUUAUAUCCGCCUUGUCUUACAGGUGCGAAUCCCAUCUAUUAUCAACUAUAAUUACGGUCGUUAAGUGGGAGUCACAGGUGAAGCAGAAGUCCAAGUCUUACGAAGUUCCACAUCUAGGUCCUCUUCGUCAUAAGACCGGGCCCGUGUCAAUGGCAUCAACAUCGAUUACCAAUGGUUCGGGGGAUGAUAGUACUAGCAGUGAUGAGCAUGUCUUUUCCGAGACUUGGAGCAGGACAGUUUUCACUCUCUUCAAAUGACGGAGAUGAUGCUAUCGAAGACGAUUUUGACGAGUAUGAUUGGAUGGAAGACUCAUCAGCCUUCUUUGAGUGGCGCAUGAGAGGAAGAACUUGGGUACUACAAAUCAUUGCUUCUGUCCGAACUCAUGGAAUAUCAUUUUACUGGCAAAUCAGCAUAGCUAGUGGCGUCGAUUAUCACUCUGAAUUAACAUUGCCACUCGAUGAACCUUAUGAGUAAUAAAAUUUUGACCCUCGCACCCUCAGGCAAGUCAAGGAUCC